GCCAAAGCAUGCGGGGGAGGGGUAGUACUCAUCACACCCGAAGGCUUCCGAGCCUAUUAUGUUAUCCGUUUCUCCUUCAAAGUCUCCAACAAUGAAGCGGAAUAUAAAGCCCUCCUCUGUGGCCUUCGGCUGACAGCAAAUAUGAAGGCCAGAAUGAUCCACGUCAAGUGUGACUCCAAGCUUGUCGUGGGUCAAAUCUCCGGGGAAUACGAGGCCAAGGAAGGGAGGAUGAAAUAAUACAAGGAGGCGGCUAAAGAAUUGCUCAAGGUAUUUGAGGCACACUCUCUUACCCAAAUACCGAGGGCUCAAAAUUCUGAGGCCAAAAUUAUAUCAAAACUCUCGGAUGAAUCCCCCGAGCACAUCUCUAAAAUCACAAGGAUAGAAGAACUUAGCCUCUCAAGCAUACACGUCAGCCCCAUCUUGAACAUCCAUCAAAGGCAAGAGGACUGGAUCUCAAACAUCAUCACCUUCAUCACCACAGGGCAACUGCCCGAGGAUGAAGCCCGCGCCAAACUAGCAAAGCUGAGGGCUCUCAGCUACACCAUCGAAGACGGAAGGCUCUACAAACGAUCCUACAACAGCACACUACUCUGAUGCCUUCAUCAAGACGAAGCCGAAGUCGCCUUGGAGGAAGUGCACAGUGGCACUUGCUCAGCUCACCACGGACCCUUCUCCAUGUCCCGAAGGCUCAUAGUCCCAGGUUAUUUCUGGCCUACGAUGGCCCGAGAUUGUGCGGACCUCGCCCGAAGGUGUAGUGCAUGUCAACACUUUCAGAAGGCUCUCGGCAGGCCAGCGGUCAACUAUGCCCCCCAUCAGCACCUCCAUACCCUUCUCUAGAUGGGGCAUAGACCUUGUAGGCCCUCUGCCGAGGGGUACCUCCAACAACAGGUACAUCAUCGUUGCCAUUGACUACUUCACCAAGUGGGUGGAGGCUGAGCCCCUCGCCAGCAUUACUGAGUCCAGGUCCCGCCACUUUGUCCUGAAGAACAUUCUCACAAGGUUUGGCGUCCCCCAACAAAUCAUCUCCGACAACGGGACCCAAUUUGAGGCAGCCCCCUUCUGCGCCCUCCUGGAGGCAUGGGGCAUCAAGCACACCUUCUCAUUCGUUGCUUACCCUCAAGGCAACGGUCAAGUGGAGAACGCCAACCGGACAUUACUUGAGGACCUCAAAAAGAAGCUAGAGGCCGAAGGGGGAGGCUGGGUAGAAGAACUCCACAACAUCCUAUGGGCUUCUCCCUGUGCUAUGGAUUUGAGGCUAAAGCUCCCACGGAGGUGACCCUUCCUACCCGAAGGGUAGCCCAAUAUGAUCCCGAUGUCAACGACGCCAACAUGGCCCUCGACCUUCACCUCAUUUCAGAACGCCGAGAGCAAGCCUUCAUACGAGUGGAAAAUUACCGAAGGCAAGUGAAGGGCUACAUCGACGCCAAUGUCCGCUCUCGAGAAUUCCAAGUGGGGGAUUAUGUCCUCCGACGGAGGGAAGCUAGCCAACCAAUUGAGGGCGGCAAGAUGGCACCUAAGUUUGAGGGCUCAUACAUCAUAGCAGCCAUCAUCAAACCUGGGACUUACAAACUCAAACGCCCCAAUGGGGCAGAGGUCCCUAGACAUUGGAAUGUACAUCAACUAGUUAAAUUUUAUCAGUAAUAUUAGAGCAGCCAAGCCCUCACCACUAAUGAAUGUAUUAUCCUACGACCCAAGGCCUUCAAAUUUGAAGACAUAUUGAAGACACCAAGAACAACAAAUAAGACACAUAUGAGCGGCCAAGCCCUCAUGCGGACUACUGACCCAAGGCCUUGUCACAAGCAAGACCCUUCGGCACCAAGUGCCGAGGGUAGACACUCCAAUCACAUACGACAAAUGAAGGAAACACCAAGUGUUUUUAAGAAGACCCCUCGGUACCAAGUACCGGGGACCGUACUCCUAUAAGCUCCAGGCAGAGAAAAACAUCAAGUGUUUCCUUUGAAGACCCCUCGGUACCAAGUACUGAGGGCCGUAUGCUGAAACAAACACCAAGUGUUGUUUCUAAAGCUGUACCCCUCGAGGACGCAUUUAUACCGAAGGCGCCACCUAUCGGUGUCGGCGGCACGUAGUGCCCCGGCCAUUUGCAACCAGUGUGCAAAUGAAAACCCUUCCUUGAAACGCUUUCCGCGUCAUUACCCCAAGGGUAUGACAGACAACUAAUAUGCCCAGGAUUCGACUUUCAAAAAUGAAACGCUUCCCGCGCCAUUACCCCAAGGGUAUGGCAGGCCAUGGACUAUGUCUCGUGCCCAGGGAACGACUUUCAAAACUGAGGCGCUUUCCGUGCCAUCCCCCAAGGGGAGGCAGACAACAGACUACGUCUCGCGUCCAGGAAACGACCCUCGAUCCCCUCGGAACUCGGAAGGUUAACCCGAGGGGGGAGCUAAUGGUGUGUGAUGUUGCCUCCCGAUAGGCCAAGCCUUACCAAGAAACCAAGUUUCUUGAAGCCUUCCCUUCACUACCAAAAAAAUGGGUGAAGGGGAGUAGACUCAACGAGCAAUCAAUGAGUACAACACUCCAUGACAGACCGCCCUUCGGCAUUACAAGACAAUACAGACCAUACUGAGGGCUCCCCCGGGAACACCUCCGGUACCUGGAAGCUACUAAUUCCCGAAGACUACUAUUCAACACGACAAAGGAUCUGAAGGGAUUAGAGUCAAAACGACAUCAGUCUCCGAGAUUUCUACCAACACCGAAGGCUCUGAUCCUAUAAAAAGGAUUAAAAUUGGCUAAAUCCACUCAACAACGACUCAAGGGAUACCGAGGGCAUCCACUUUCCAUCCGCCCUUACUACAACAUGAAUGUCUUACAAAAAUUUCCUAAGUCCACACUUUGGAACCCACUACGGCCGAGGGCGCCUGCUACACAACACCGAAGGCGAGUACCCACAGACAUGAUCUUGAAUUUCCUAAGUCCAAGUUCCAGCAACCCCCGGCACUACAAUCUACACCGGAGGCUGGUACUCAUAGGGCUCAUUUACCGAAGGCCAAGUGACAAGUGACACUUAGGAACUUUUUCUAAGUCCCAAAUAUUAGGCCCUCGGUCAAAUCAUCAUGCAAGUCAGGGGACCUAAUAACCGAGGGCCAUACAAUGCACACCACUUGGAAAAAAAUUUUAUGUCCUAAAUAUUUGGCCCUCGGUCAAAUCUCCAUGCAGCCAGAGGGGUCACACAACCGAAGGCUCAGUGGUCAAACUACAUUUGAAAAAAAAAUUCUAAGUCCUAAAUAUUUGGCCUUCGGUCAAAUCUUCGUGCAGCCAGAGGGGUCACGGAACUGACGGCUUAAUGGUGAAACUACAAUUGGAAUAUUUUUUCUAAGUCCUAAAUGUUAGGCCUUCGGCCAUACAUCUAGCCAAGCAUACAUUCACGCACAAAGGAAAAACAAGGCGGGGAAAGACGAAGGCAUACAUUCAAAGGGAAAAGUAGAUUAUAUACAAAAGGUCCGAAGGCAUCCGUUCAUCAAUUCACAAAAGUAAAAGGCAAAUUGUUAUACAUAAAGGCCGAAGCCGAAAGAUUGUACAUGUUCGUUACAAAAAAAAAUCAGAAUUAUAUAACAACAUCAUCAUCAACAGCUGCAGCAUCACCCCCUUCGGCAGCUUUCGAUGUGGCGUCCCCUUCGGCCCCUUCCUCUUCCUCCCUAGCCUCCUUCAGCAGCUCAGAAUCCUCUAAGUCUGGCCUUUCAACAUAUGCAGGGAGGGGGACUCUAAUAUCUGGUUGGAGGGGGGAAGGCCAUAUGUCACCGGAUCAAAAGCCUUCGGCUCAAUCUUCAUGUGUCAGGACAGCCUUCUGUAGAUAAGGGCCUGGGUAAAGAACUCCCCCCAGCAUAGUAAUCCUCGCCCUUUCGGACUAACCACAUCGCCCCGGAGCCUUUCACCCACCCGUCAGCGGACGCCUCCACUACCGAAGCCACCCAGUUCUUGUGGUCUUCGGCCCUCCACCCCUCGGCCAUGAAAGCAGCAACGGCACUGGCGGCAGCCUCCGCUUUAGCAUCCUCGGCAUCCUCGACGGCUUUCUUCGCGGCCUCAGCAGCGGCCCUCUCGGCUUCAGCUUUCUCGUAACUACCUUCUCCGUCGUAGCCUUCGCUGGUUGGAGGUCCCCUUCUAGCUGGGUCAUCUGCCUCACGGCCUCAGCAUUAUCAUGGAUGAGCUUCUUCAUAGCCUCAUCCUGCUGCGCCUUCUGGAGGCGCCAUUCAUCGAACCUCCUAGCGUGCUCACCGAGGGCUAUGCAAGCCUGUUAUCAACCAGAUAGAGGAGUGAGACUAUCAUGCAAUAGAUAGAGGAAUUAGACUACUAUGUAGGAAAGAAGAAACUUACAGUGAGGGAGGACCGGAGGAUCUUUGACUCAAGGGCCUCAUCAUCGAGCUUGCCGAGGGCUUUCCUAUCCAGUGAAGGAGUAGCCCCGCCCAAGAACUCACGAGGGUCCACGGUGCCAUGUGUAAUGGCGGCACCCUUCGGCAAGGAGAACCGUAUGUCCUCCCGGGGCAAACCUACUUCACCCCCUGGGCCGAGGGAAGUUUGGAAGCGGUCGUCACCACCAGAACAUGGGGCUCGGAGGUGGAGUGCUCAUCCACGAUCAGCACCGGGAGAGCCUUCUUCACAGCAUCCCCCUUCUUUGGUCUCUUCCCCUCGGGGACUGGACCCUUGCCUGAUGUCUUCCUUUUGGCAACUUCGUCCGAGGGCUCACCACCCCUCUUUAAGAAUUCCCCGAGGGGCUUCUGCUUACUGGGCUCUUUCUUGCCCGGGCCCUUUGCUUUUUGUUUUUUCAGAGCAGCGAAGGCAUUGAUGUCCAUGCUGGUACCUGCAAAAGAACAAGGACGGGUUAGGCCGAAGGAUUAAAGGUGUCAACAAAUAUCAAAGUGCAAAAAUUCCUAAGUACAAAAAUUAAGGCCCUCGGCAGCUACCUCCUGUUCCCUCGAAGGCUUUGUCAAUGAGGGGGUAUUUCUCAUCCGUUUCCCCCAAGAAACGAUAUCGCCGGAAGCCGAGGGCGUACAAACCAUCCUCAAGGGUGCAUUCCUUGAUCGUCACAUUCUUCUUUCGCCCCUCCGGGAUCUUGGCAAUCUUCAAGCCAUCUUUUUCGAGGGCGGCACUUCUCACCCUCUCAUGCCGACGGAAACGAUCCUGCAACUCCCUCGGGAACGGGCUCUCGGGUAGCCUGACAUAGCACCACCGCUCCCUCCAGCCCUUGUUCGAAGAAGGCGCUUUGGUAAAUAGCCUCCACUGGGCGAUCUGUUGUAAAUUAGCAAAGCCUUCGGCAUUUGCAUGGCCUCCUCAGCAAAGAUUAAAGCUUUGGGAAAACAAGUCCAAGCUCGGUGUCACCCCCCGGGACUGACAGAGGUGAAGAAACCCGGUAAUAUAUGAGUGGCUGUUUAGGGUAAGUUGACAAGGAACCAAGCCCACAAACCGGAGGUACUCGCGAAGGAAAGGAUGGAGGGGGAACCGAAGGCCCAUUCCAACGGAGAGAAUAUGCACUGCAAUGCACCCCUCGGGCACCCGGGAGAGAACAUCAUCGGGACCAGGUUGCACCACGACAGCUGAAGGCUCUACACUCAGCUGGGUCACAUAGCAUUCAGCCCAAUCCGCCUUCGACUUCAACUCCGGGGCGGCGGUGUUCAGGUAGGAGUACCCCUCGGGCAUAUCGACAGGCUUCCCCACGUCUGCAACACUCCCCUUUUUCUUGGGAGCCUUCAUCUUCUUCUUGCCCUUCGCCGAGGGCGUCGCUCUGAGAGGUUCCGGGCUGAGGACCCGAGAGGUCCCUUCCCCGGUGGCUAUGGCCGAAGGGAUGGCGAUGGUUACCCGUUGGCGCUCCCUUUUCUCCUCCUCGAUGGCAGUUUGCAUAGCGAGGGCCAUCUCUUCGUCAGCGUUAACUUGCUCGAAGUCCUCGGCUUCGGUGACCAGAUCUUUUUGCACCUCCAUGGCGAGGGCAGAAUCACCAUCGGCCGAGGGCUGUUCGUUUGAGGACUCCACCUCGUAGACGCUUUCUGUUUCAAGCAAGGGCUCCCUCGAGAUGUCUUGCGAAUCACUUGCAGGUGACAUUUUCGAAAAUUAAAGGUUGAAUGCUUAAGACCGAAGGCUUCCUAAAUAACCCUAACACUUAAUCUAGGGCUGGAAAAGCUAAGUAUGCAAGUGAAGGGAGGAACGAAGGAAGAACUGACCUUGAGAACUUGGUUUGAUCGAAGGGAACUUUCUCUCUCUAGAAAUAUUGUGCGAGAGCUUCGCUACAAUAUGAUCGCGCAGGGGGAAUGGCCCUGGCCAGGGGUAUUUAUAGCCUCCAAAACCGGGCUUGGGCUGAAAUCCGGGCCCCCAUUCCCCGAAAUCAUCAUUACAAACCGUCGGUUUGACCAACCGGUGACGCCCGCCCGCCGGGAGCCAACGAGCACACGCCACGUGGACUCCACUUCCAACGGUCAUAUCUCAACGGCUAUAUUUCGCAGGCUAUGGGGCCCUAAGCUGGCACCUAUCAAACAACACUACGCACGCCUUCGGGUUUUCUCCCUUGGAAUCCUUCAUCAAGGGGAGCUUGCGGCUUAACAACGGGAAAACCCCUCGGGACCCCUCAGCCCUCAACAUGUUGGAAAUCAGGAGGCCCCCGGGGCCACGCCUUCAAAACCCCCUCAUCUCUGGUUAGCCUCCGGCUAAAGUACCAGGGCCCCCCUCAACACACGGGAACGAUCACCGGCAUUCAUCAAUCCCUCAGCCUCUUGGACAGGGGGACUACCCUCGGCGGUCCCCGGAAUGCUCGCUCAUGCUAAUCAACUACGGAUGCCUUCGGAGAAAUGCUCCCAGCAGACCCUCCGGGAUAUCAACAAAGCCCCUUCGACAACUCCACAGACACGCCCUCAGAUCAAGGGUAGCCUUCGGCAUCAACUUUGUCCUUCAUCUCAGACCAAGGUUUCACCUUUUCGAUUCAUCAUUGGGGGAAUUCGGUGCACUCUUUUUCCCUCAUUAGGAUUUUUUCCCACAGGGUUUUUCCUAAUGAGGUUUUUAACGUGGCAUCCCCCAAAAUGAAAUGAAAAGUGUCCACCUUCGGCCCCAUACAAACAGCAGGCACCACUCUACUCCUUUUCACCACUUUACAAGUGCCUCAAGGAGUGGGGGACUCGAGAACCCCUCCGGGAACCGGGAAAAUAAAAAAAUGCUAAAAAAUAUUCUCACAAAGCAUCAACACCCUUCAGUCCCAAAAUGUGGGGGACUGAAGGGCUGCCCCCGAUAAAAUCGUGUGCGAAUGCAAAAUCUCUCACAGGUUUACAAACUACAGCAAGGCAGCAUCAGAGGACAAACGCAUUUUACUCUUUUUCCCUGAAGUACCUUUCGGCAAAAGGAGUAAGGGACUCCUGAUAGAGUAUAUGGUCCAGGAACCCCCGGCCCAUAGACUCCCACUACUAUAGCGAAGGCCCAAUAGGCCCAGGAAGCACAGCAGGCCCAAAUCACAGUGCCCCAAGGGCCAAACAGCCCAUGACGAACAUUGGGAUGCCUUCGGUCCCCUCGCUGAAGGCUCAUAAACUUACAGUACAGUUGCUUUUAAGCACUCAAAGUGUGUGGGAGAAAGCGGGGAAAACAGUAGCCCUCGGUACCUAGAGCCCUCGGCACCUAGAGGCCCCGGGGAUGAAGAGCCUUCGGCUAAUCAUCUACGGCCGAAGGCAUCUCCUCGACAGAAUCUCCCACCCACAUGCGCUGGAUCAACGUACCGAGUACCAACGUCACAUCCAACCACCGCAUUUAAUGCGGCCACAUGCGAGUGCCAGUGCCACCCCGUUGAGGUGACCCCUCGACCACCAGAAUGAUGACACGUGUCCCUAUCUAGCAUUUAUUGCUGCUAUAAAUAGCACCCCUUUCCCCAUUUGUAAUCCACGCUGAAUACGUUCAUUAUCAAUAUACACUCUCUCUCUACUGUUGCUCUGACUUCUCUCUAGUUACUCCCCGCAGUAACCCCUCGGAUAGAUACCCCGGGUACACUUAUCCAUCAAAAUGUAUGUCAAGUGUGAUGUAUAAAUUUUGUGUACACCAAGAAUUGUUGAUCUUUCUAGAACAAUUAACUCUAAUCAUUAUAAUGUACUCUCUAGGUCUCAUAUUUUUGUCUCAUUUUGCAUUUUUCGUUUGUUCUACUAAAUUUAUCAUACCAUAUUUGGUAUUAUUUGGGUGAUUGACAUUCUUAUUUUUCACAAUUUGUCAUUUUAAUACUAACAACACAAUUGUCCUUUCACAAGAAUCUCACAUUUAUUUAUCUAAUCUCAAAAUAAUCUUACUUUUGCACUCAAUCUUCUUUCAUUAAUCCCAAUUGAUUGAUGACCUGCUAUAUUAUUAUUUUUUCUCUUUGGAAAGUUUACAUAAAUAGUUCCACCUUCUACAAAUCUUCUCAAAACAAUUCCAUAUUUUCAAAUUUUUUCUCCCUAAUAUUUUUCAUUCUUUAUUUCUAUCUUUAGACACUUUUUUAUUCUUUUUUCGUUGUUUUUUUAAUUCUUUUCCAUAAUUAUAUAUAUUAUAUUUCUCACUCUAUUCAUAGAGUUUUUUUUGUAAAAUUUUCUUUUCAGACAAAUAUAUUUGUCAUUUUCUUCUUCUUCUUCUUCUUCCCAUAUUUUUGUUUCAUUUUCCAUUUUUUGUAUCUCUCUUAUUUAUCCUUCGGGAGGUAACAUCAACAUUUCGUGAGGCCCUGGUUCCACCACUAUAGCCGACGGGCCGACAUAGAACUGUAUGGUUUGGAAAUCGGAGUCAUCAUCUCUCGUCUUCAGUCCCGUCAAUACCGCCGUGUUCAGAUAUUGAGUGCCCUUUCAGAAUCCCAACAGAAUGUCCUCGAUUGGCAUCUGGCCGAGGGCUGGGGAACUUCUCACCCGGUCAGUUUUCGGAUUCCGUCGAUGACGUCAAUGAUAUAUUUUGGGAAUCAUCGUCGUAAGACAUCUCUACAGGCAAAAAACUGACGGCUAAAGGGAACCUUGUGGCUUAAGGCCACUAACACUAGAUCAAACCUGGUAAAAGGCAAAGUACACAACAAACAGGAAGAACAAUUGAAGCACUGACCUUAGAAAAAUCGUUUUGAUCGUCAAAGGGUUUAUAUAUCUAGAGUUGGGCAGAGCUUCGCUUCAGACAUAAAAAAACGCACAUGCCAAAUGACUCUGGAUCAAGGGUAUUUUUAGGCAAUCUAACCACGCUUACCUCGAUACCACACCCCCUAGUAAAAAAACCAUUAUUUCAAACUCAUUGGCCCGCCCAAUGGCAAAGCCCGCCCAGUAUGACCUUAUCAAUGACUGACGCGUGGCGCCAGUGCCAAUGAUCACUUCGCCUUUUCCUCCCACGCCAUCGGUACAAAUCCCCAAGCCCGGGAUAUCUUGAGAGACCUGAAUCUAGAUAGCCUCUAGCAGUUCGUGCCACCAGAGUCAAACAUUACCGACUUGCAACGCCUUCAUCCCACACGCCGGUCAUCCCAAACACUUGGGCUACCAAUGAAAGAGCCUCCUGCCAACAACCCCGAGACACCCAACUAUUUUUAGCUCAAAUCUUGCCUAGAUUCUAUCACGGCCCUCGGGAUACCUCAAUUCAUCAACCCUUUUUCCCCGAUUAACCUUCGACCAGAAGGAGCUAGUGAGGGACUAGGGGACUAUCCAUCGGUCUUUUUCGAAACAAGACUCGAAAAUCAGAAUGACAACAUGUGAGCCUUAAGAAACUCAGUAAAAAACGUAACAAACAACUCCCCUUCACCUCGAAUAUCUCUCGGCAAAGGGAUUGGAGGACUCCUAAUGGAGGGGUAUAUGGCUUAGAAACACCGGACCCACAUACUCUUGCCACCUCAACAGGUGCAACUACUUCAAAUAGUCCAAUGAAGCAAUUGGACACACCCCUCGGGCCCACGAUUGAGAGCUAGGGACAAUGACACCUCAUAAAAGGCCAUCCUACAUAUGCGGCCUAGAACAUCCUCGUCUCUAGGUGAGCCCUCAGAACAGAGCAUUUGGUCACUGAGGGCAAAGCCUGCGGCUCCGGUCCAUGAGACCUUUGGGUCAGUAACUUCCAACACUCAACCAUCACAUCUAAUGCUCUGCCACAUGCUCGCAUCUGCCUCACAUCGAUGUUAUCUCUUCGUCAUAGACUAGUUUACAUGUGUAUGUUCAUUUAAUGCAUUUAGCAUUUAUGACUAGCAUAAAUAGUUGCCCCUUGGGCACAUGUAACAACUCAAAAAUUAUUAAUAUGAUUGCUCUCUCUCCAACUUAAUAGUUGUG